GUAACUUAGUUUUAAACGGAAUGGGGCACGCCGGGCUGGACCUGAUGAAGGAUGAGGCCCACGCCUCCGUCGUCCCACGCAAAACGAGAAAAAGGGAGAGGUGGGGUGGGACCUUUUGAUCGAUCUGAGGCCGGAAGCGCUUGGGGGAGGCAGAGAAACACGUUGGAAGAUGCCGCAUUUAAUAAACAUUUAAAUUCACCACUGGUGUGAUUAUUUUAGAGAUGUUCUGAUCGUUAAUGGCAGCAGAAAUCAUACCGUCGGAUCUUCAACUCCAACUUGGUGUCUUAUUCUCAGUGGCUAUAUGAUUGGGGUUUCAGAGGAAAAGAAGCCUGUUAAGAGAGGAGCGAGAGAGAGAGAGAGAUCUUUAUCGUUCUAGAUCUCGUCUUGUAAACGGAGGGGAUAAUCUGUUGAAGACAGGCAGGUUGAUUGGGUGUUGGCUCCUUUUGGUCGUGGGGAAGGGGAGAGAAGGAGGGGUGAGGUGGGGAGCUGGUUUUUCUUUCUUUUCCUAUUCUCUCUCUCGUUGCUUUUCUUUUUCCUUUUCUGGGUUGUUGUGUGUUGUGCGAAUUUGAUUUGUUAAAUGUGGUAACGGCAGUGAUUUUGAGCUGGAUGUUGUGUUUCUAGUUUGCCUCUGAGACCUAUGUCUCUCUCGCUCGCCCAUUGGGGAUUCCCCUUUUUGUAGGUUUCUGCUGUGUUGGAGUUCCUUUUUUCAUUUUCGCUUCCCUGUCUCUCUUUCUGCGGUUGUCCCUCUCUAGCCUUGAGCUGUUUCUGAGUUUUUUUUUUUUCUUUCCUAUUCUCUCUCUUUCUCUCUCUCUCUCUGGUUUAUGGUCCCGUUUCUUUGAAGGGAAUACCACCAGAACCCCGUUUUCUUUGUCUAUAGAUUUGAUGCAAGAGCUCCUGCGGGAAUGGCGAGGCUUUCGCUUAGAGUUCGGUGGACCCUUUUCCAUCCUUUUGGUUUUCUUCCAUUCCUUUAACACCCAUACGUUCUUCCCCUUCAGCCUGUUACAGAUGAAACGACCAAUCCGGCCCCUCCUCAGCGUCUUUCUGCUAAUUGUUGUUUGCACUGUGCUGGCCUCGCGUGUUGUGAUUCGCCGGAGUUCCAUUUCUGCUACUCUGGAAGCCAGACCUGCAUCUGGCAUAGAUGUUUUGCCUCUUCCUGCUUUGAAUGAGACUUUCCUGACCUAUGCUGCUAUUGAGAUCGGCGAGUCAGAUACUCGGCGUCAGAUCAACGAUAUGCUCGAGUGGACUCAUCGUCAGGGCCGCCCUCGAUCCAUCUCUUCGUGGCGGCAGGAUAACCAUGAAGGAACGUAUGUGCGGCCCAGUCGAAUUCCGGUACAGCUCAUGAACCCCAGGUACAGCGCUCUAUGGCCGGAAUUUCGUCAAUCUCUGCGCAAUUGGGUGAUGAAAAAGCGGUUUCAGCCUGAGAUCAUGAGUGAGUUGGUGUCACUUGUUAAGGGCCCUCUUGAUCGGCAUUAUGGUUCAGUUCCAACAAACCGACCGUAUGCAUCAUGUGCGGUUGUGGGGAACAGCGGGAUUCUGCUGAAGAAAGAAUACGGGGAGUUGAUAGAUAGCCAUGAAAUGGUGGUCAGAUUGAACAAUGCGAGGACUGAAGGAUUCCAGCGAAAUGUUGGCUCGAAAACCACGAUUUCGUUCGUUAACAGUAACAUCUUGCAUCUCUGUUCAAGGAGACCCAGUUGCUUCUGCCACCCAUAUGGAGAAAACGUCCCCAUGGUUAUGUACAUUUGCCAGGCAGUGCAUUUCAUGGAUUUCCAGUACUGCAACCGAACUCAUAAGGCUCCAUUGGUCAUCACAGAUGCCCGUUUCGACACGCUGUGUUCCAGGAUUGUGAAGUACUACUCGUUGAAAAGAUUUGUGGAGACGACGGGGAAGUCCCUUGAAGAAUGGAGUGUUGCCCAUGAUGGAAACUUGUUCCAUUACUCAUCGGGUAUGCAAGCAAUCAUGCUUGCAUUGGGUGUGUGUGAGAAGGUCGACGUUUUCGGGUUUGGUAAAUCAGUUGAUGCGAAGCAUCACUACCACACGAACCAGAAAGCUGAGCUCCAUUUGCACGAUUACGAGGCAGAGUAUGCGUUCUAUAGGGAUUUGAUUGAACAACCAGAAGCUGUGCCAUUUCUUAGGGACUCCAAGUUUAAAAUCCCUCCUGUAACCAUAUACAAUUGAUAUCAAUAUUAGGUUUUUUAGCUUGUCUAGCUUGAAGUACCACACUGAAGUUUGCUCCACGAGGAACCUUGUUUCCAUUGUCUUUCUCAGAUUUUGAAUUCAAUAUGUUGGUACUGUUUCUCUCCA